CCCUCGCAGCUAGAAUUCGGGAAAUAAUAUCUUGGUCCCGUAUCCCUCGCAGCAGGUGCAUUGUGGGGGAAUAAACAAUCAGCUGAUGGCGCUACUGAUCGAUUAGACGCGUUUCUCUCCUUCCUUUCGCUCGCCAGAUAGGCCCAUCGCCAUGUCGGAGUUGCGGCAUUCCGACUCUCCUCUGACUCCCAGUCCUGCCGUGGAGUCAGAGAGUGCUGGCCAAGUGCACAUGUCCGGAAAAGAAGACUCCUCCAGCCUCGAGCCCUCUGCCGCUGCCCUUCCCUCUCCUUCCCUGUUGAAAGCGCCCUCUGCACCCCUGCACAAUGACCACGAGUGUCAGUCCAGACUCUCGCCGCCAGUGGAGGGAGAAGGGUCUCCUGGUGGGCGGUUACAGUAUGCCCCAGAGCCAGUUUUGGGGCUGAAAGAGCACAGACAACAAAGCUCCCUUAUGGACAGAAAUACCUUGCACCCCACAUCAGUAGAGCUUCAAACCCCCGGGUCUACCUCUGGCUGUCCCUCCUCCUCUGAAAGCAACCCUGAGUGUAGUGGUGGCCUCCCCACAGACACUUUUAAAAGUAUGGAGCGCACUCCCUCCUGUGAAGAAACUGCCUCAGCCUCUCGAGAUGCCUCAACCGAAGCACCACCCCAGACAGAGCCUUCUCCACCCAGGGAAACCCCGGCCCAAACAGAGCCUCCUCCUCCUCCCACUGAACCCCCCCCAGCACAGUCCGCAUCUGCAGAACGGCCUCCCUCGACCGAAGAACAACCACCGACUCAAGAACAGGAGAAUGCCAAUGCAGGGAAUAACAAUUCGCAGCAGAACCGCAACGAGGGCCACAACAGGGCGGGAAACAACACCAACAACAAUAACAACACUAAUAACAACAAUAACAACAACAACAACAAUAAUAAUAACAACAACAAUGGGCUGGCCAACAUUCGAGAACGGCUCUUCCAGGCCCUGUUCUUCCGGCUGGCUGUCGGGUACGCGAGGGCCUUCCCCCCGCCCAUGAGGAGGCUCAUUGAAUUCACAGUUCUCCUCAAGGCCCUGACCACCUUGUUCCUGCUGGUGUACAUUCACCUGGCGUUCACGAGGGCCCCCAUCACCUGCCUCGACCACGUGCGUGACGACUGGCCGCGCGAGGGCAUCCUGCGUGUCGAGGUCAUACGGAACCCCAGUGAGGACUACACUGUGGAACAAAGCUACGAAAAGGAGGAGAGGCUCCAGCAGCGGCAGCAGGAGUUCCUCGGUGCUCUCGGCUCGGAUAUCGAUAUUGUGUUGUUUUCUAGGUUGUUUGGAGGCGGCGAACCUGUGGUCACCGACAGCGAUGGGACGAUGAGCGUGGUGGGUGGGGGGGGCGAAGGCCAGCCUGGAGAGGAGGAAGAGGGAGGGAUGAACCCCGUGGGAGACAGCAGAGAGGAGGCUGUGGAGGGACACCAGGCACAGGCGGAUGGCAGAGGGAUGGAUUCUGAGGCAGAUUCACUCGGACAGAAUGAAGCCCCCAGCCCUGGAGAAGACGGCAGCGAGAAGAGAACACCUCUUAUUGUGAACGCUGAUGGAAGCCACAGCGACCCAGGGUUCCCAGGUGUGGCUGACUAUGGCGAAGAGGCCUAUGCGUUGCGCAGUAAUGCCACGGCCCCAGAGAAGCGUCCCGCAGUCGAGGCCGAAGAGAGCGACGCGCCCCCGGAGGCAGCAGAGGAGCCGCUGGCAGAGGAGGGCGUGGGGGGAACCUUGGCAGGGAACCACAGCCACUCGGAGCCGCCCCUUGCCCUGGAGGAGGAGUCGCCGCUGCCCAAGAAAGAGCCCCUGGAGAUGCUGGCCAAGGCUGUGUGGCCGGAGGAUGAGUACAUUGUGGAGUACUCGCUAGAGUACGGGUUCCUGCGGCUGUCCCCUGCCACGCGCCAGAGGCUCAACAUCCCAGUUAAGAUCGUCACCCUAGACCCCAUGAAGGACGCGUGCUUUGGUGACACGCUCUCACGCUUCAUCUUGGAUGAGUUCCUUGGCUAUGACGACAUACUCAUGGGCUCCAUCAAGAGCCUUGCGGAGAAGGAGGAGAACAAGGGAUACCUGAGGAACGUAGUUACGGGAGAGCACUACCGCUUCGUCAGCAUGUGGAUGGGGGGGAGCAACUACCUGGCUGCGGCCUUUGUCAUGGUGGUCUUUACCCUGAGUGUGUCAAUGCUGCUGCGUUACUCCCACCACCAGAUCUUCCUCUUUAUCGUGGACCUGCUGCAGAUGCUGGAGCUCAACGUGGCCAUCACCUUCCCUGCCGCCCCCAUGCUCACCGUCAUCCUCGCGCUUGUUGGCAUGGAGGCCAUCAUGUCCGAGUUCUUCAACGACACGUCGACGGCCUUCUACAUCAUCGUGCUGGUGUGGGUGUGCGACCAGUACGAGGCCAUCUGCUGCCACACGCCCAUCACGCGGAGGCACUGGCUGCGCUUCUUCUACCUGUACCAUUUCGCCUUCUACGCCUACCAUUAUCGCUUCAACGGACAGUAUUCUUGGCUGGCGCUUAUGACUUCGUGGCUCUUCAUAUUGCACUCCAUGCUGUACUUCUUCCACCACUACGAGCUGCCGGCCAUCCUGCAGCACGCGCAGAUCCAGCAGCUGGGGCGCGUGCACACCGUCAACAUCGUGCUGCGCAACGUCCUCACCAAUAACAACAACAACAACAACAACGCUGCCGGCGCCAACAACCCCGGCGACGGCGGAGGCGGGGAGAACGCCGCCGGUGCCGCCACCCGCGACGCCGGCGGCCAGGGGCGGACGGGCGCGGCCGCCGCCAACCGGGGCGCGCGGACCGAGGGCGCCGCCGCCCGCCCCAACGCCUCACCGGUCGUCAACCUCGUGUUCCGCAACAUCACGGGCGCCGUCGCCAACAGGAACGGCAACCCGCCCUUCAGCUUCGUCUUCAGGAACGUCAGGAAUAUAGUGCAGAACCUGCACCAGAACACGACGGCGGCGGCGGCGGCGGCGGCGGCGGCGGAGACGAGCGCCUCGGCGACGACCACGACCACCACGCCGUCCUCCUCUCCCCCCCCCUCCGCCGCUGGCGCGUCCACGAGCACCUCCACGUCGGGCACGGCUCCCCGCGCCGCCGCCCCCCCGCCGGGCACGGGCGGCAUGGGCGGCGCCCCGAGAGUCACAUUCCAGGUGACGACGUCGAGCGGCACCUCCGCCGUGAACGCCUUCUCCCUGUCGUCCCUGCUCUUCCGCAACGCGAGCGCCGCUGCCGCCGCCGCCGCGUCCGCUCCCAGCAGCGCCGCGGGAGCCCCGGCCAGUACCCCGCCCGCGGCGGAGGUCCCGUCGGUGGCCCCGUCGGUGGCCCCGUCGGUGGCCCCGUCGGUGGCCCCGUCGGUGGCCCCGUCGGUGAGCGCGCCCUCGCGGGGCACCGAUAGCAGCGAGCCUAAGGAUGGCGGCGCCGAAGCCGCGUACAGCCCCGUGCUGGUGGAGGGCGCGGGCGGCGGGGCCCGCGUGGGCGCCGAGGGCGGCGGGGCGGCGAAGGCAGCGGCGGGCGUCGCGCACGGCCCGGCGGAGGCGGCCGGCCCCGCCGCCAGGCUGGCCGGAGCGCAUUGUGAUAGCCCCGCGUGGGACGUCUCCCCCGACGGAGCCCCUAUAGGCGGCGCGCCCCCCGGCGGGGCCGCGGGCGGCCCGGGCGGGCCCUGGAGCGGCAGCACCUCGCCCGCGAGACGCCCGUCGGACGGCGCGAUCCGACGGCGGCGCGCGGGCGCGGAGGACACCGGAUAGGGGCGGCGGAGAUUAUUAAUAUUAAUAGCAGUUUCUUUUUUCCUUUUUUUUGAUGUUUUAUGUUUCGAAGAAGAAAAUAUAUAAACAUACAUAUAGAUAACCCAUAUUCAAGGAAAGAAAAGUGAUUUGCAUAUAUUGGCUUAGGCAUUAUUUAGUUUAUCUUACAUAUUUAAGAUGUAAACUGUUUUGUUACUGUUACAGAUGUUUGAAUGUAAUGGUGUUGGUUUUAUUUUUUCAUAUGCAUUACAUCGUAUUUUUUUUAUUAUGUCUUCGCUCAUUUAUAUUUAUGGAAUGAAUAAAAUAUUUAUAUACUUAUUAAAGUCCCAUGUAGUGA